CGCAGAUGUCAGUUUUGCCCAAUGUCUCAUGGUGAAAUGUGGAAAAAUGACGAUUCCCAGCCUCCAUCAAGCAGAGGAUCUAUUGUCUCAUUUGGAAAUUCCGAACUAGCAACCAUAAAUGAAAAGGAACAAAAGUCAGACAACCAGGUCUCACUUGUAGGAGAAAUUGAAACAAUUGAGUCGCCUGCCAUAACUCGCAUAAAGGGAUCAAGAUUUCCAUCAAACAACUCCUUGUCUAUGAUGUGUAAAAAUGCUCGUAGAGGGAGGUCAGCCUCAAUGCCGUUUAUACAAAAAGCUCUUCCUGAUCUCAACAGUCAAACUACUAAAAUAUUCCUGGAGACAAUGUCAAUUGCUGUAUCUGGCCUGUAUUGCAAGCUGCUUGUCGUUCUUGGAAUCUGCUUUCCCGUUGCAGAAGUACUUUCAGAUCAAAUACCGCAGUCUAAUUAUGAGGUGUUUUACUUGUACCUUUAUUCUGUGAGUCUACUUUAUCUUGUUUUUGUUUAUGCGACACUGUUAAAGCAAAGAGCUGUGGAUACAGUUUUGCAUAAUUCCAAAGAUGACACAAUUCCAGUGGCUUCGCAGACUCAGAAUUCACCGGCUGGGCGCUAUGGCAGUUUCUAUUUGAGGAUGGGUGCCAUUGCAUUCGGCAUUGGAAGUAUGAUUCACUGUGGCUUGGAGUUCGGAAGGUAUUUUGAACUGGAGGAUCACCCCGAUUGCAGAAGUGUGCUGAUGGUCUUGACGCCUUCGAUCAAAAUGACUUUUAUAAUAAUCCAACUUCAGUUUAUAUUCAUGAGCAACAAGCACAAGGCGCUCAGCAGCUACAAAAACAUUUCCAAGUUUGGCCUAAUGCACAUGAUUGCAACAAAUCUGUCCGUAUGGUCAAGUGUGGUUGUGCAAGAGACAAAACGAGAAAUUGUAACUCAUUAUGAAAAAAAUUCAACAAACAUUCUGGAAAGUUAUAUAGAUGAUUCAGAUAACUCUUCAUUUAACAAUAUUUGCACAAAAUCCUACAUAAUGGGUUCGCUAGUGACAAACGCUGCUCCGUUUCUAUUUCCCUGCACGAUUGAAUAUUCUCUGAUUUGCUCGGUAAUUCUGUAUGCCCUUUGGAAAAGCAUCUGCCAUAAUCGAGAACGGGUUCCUCAAACUGGCGCCUAUGCCAACAAGAUAUCGAAGCCUGUUGUAGGGAUGACCACUCAGCACUUCACAGUCGACUUUGCAAAUGCACACAAGGGACUUUUUGGAGGCAUUAUUAUUCUUGUUUUUACAAUCAUCAGUCUUAUAAUGUUCUAUACUCUCAUUCAACAUGAAGAGUUUUUCAGCACUGCUGUAUUUCAGGUCAAUCUUUGUGAACUAGUUCUCUAUGCUUUGGGAAUUUUGGCUUCCAUACUUGCAAUGUACAGGAUAAGGCAGUUAAAGUAUGAAAGAAAAAGGUUACAAGAAUUGGACACAAUGUUACUAGUGACAGCACAAACAGGUCUUUAUGUUUACUUUUCUUUUUCUCUAAUUGUUGGAUAUUUCACCAAAGAGAUAUUUUCAACGCCGAAUCUGUUUAUCACCUCCAUUUUUGGUAUCGCUCAAUCAACCUUACAGACGCUUUUUAUUAUUGAUGCUUGGUGGAGACGGUGUGCGACUGCCUCAUCUGUUAAAGAAAAGCCAGGCAGACAGUUAGUGACAUUCCUGCUCCUAUCGAACAUUGCAAUGUGGGCAAUCAACCAUUUGGAGAAUUCCAGAGCCGAUUUCCAUCCAACUGAAAGAAAAUUCUAUGAAGUAUGUGCAUGGACUAUUAUCACUCAACUAUCGAUGCCACUUGCUGUGUUCUAUAGAUUCCACUCAACUGUCUGCCUUUGUGAAAUAUGGAAAUGUACUUACAAGAUGCGUCUACAAUGAUGAACUUCUCUAGUUAAUUACCUCGAAAACAUUAACUGGACAUUUUUAUAUUACGUAUAUAUUUAUAUUAUCUAGUUUUAAGGUUGGCAAAUUUCAUUGGUCAUCACCAGCCAUUUUCUUCUUUGCCAUUAUUUUUUUUUUCCUUCUCGCAUUUUAUUCUUUCUAAUUAAUCUUUAAUAUUUCUGAUAUUAAAGUCGUUGUAUUCACAUCAAUUCAUAUAUGGGUGUUAAGGUAACCAUCUCUUGUUUCUCUUUCAUGCCGGCUUUUCUUUUUCUUAGGUCCUUGUCAGGAGAAAAAUAAACAUAAAAUAACCACACAAAGUUUACGCAUAAAAUACAAAUAUAUACAUUGAAAAACAAGUUAGUCUGUUUAGCAUUCAUACUGCCCCAGUGUAUACAAUAUUCUUUGGGGUGAUUGAGGAAGAAGUCCCUUCAUUCACGCUAAUAAAUGAAAUCACAUUCCAGAUUUCAUUAAUACUGAUUCCUUUAUGUAAUUUGGGAAGGAGUCCCUCCAUUCACACUAAUAAAUUAUUAAAUUCACUAAU